UCGGAUUCAUCAGCUGCCUGUUGAUUUGCUCUUCAGCUCUUCUGCAGCUCUUCACUCGACAACUCAAGCAUUAAACUAAUCAUCUGACAGCCUCUUGUCCGCCGUGGUCUAUUGGGAUUCCGAUUCUGAUUGUGCAUUCUGUUUUUCUGUUUGUCGACUGUCACUUGUGAUUGUGCAUUUGAACCGCGAGGAAGUUGUUGCGCCUCAAACAGAGCAGCUCUCAAAUAAUUCAUUGAAUACUCAACACUUUAGAUAAUCGCAUCAUGUCGCACACUAUGCGCUGCACUCUGGUGGUCUGCGUGGCAUUGGCUCUCUUUGCCGCAGGCUGCAACGUGGAGGCAUCCAAAACACGUCCGCCACGCAACAAUGACAUCAGCACCAUGGCCGAUGCCUUGAAGUAUCUGCAGGACCUGGACGUUUAUUAUGGGGACAGAGCACGCGUUAGAUUUGGCAAACGUGGAUCUCUGAUGCAGUUACUCCGCAAUCGAAUGCUCGAGAAUGCCAGCAAUAACAACAACAACGAAAUUAUCUCCGACACCAAUGGCAAUGGGGAUAUAAUGCACUCUGGUGGCGAGGAGGAACCAUUUUAAUAAUACAAUGGAAAAUUGAAAUACUGCAGGCGCAGAAAAUAGUCUUAUAUGCUGUUAAAUAAUUUUGGAGCAAUAGUUUAAUUAUAUACAUAUAUAGAAAAUUGCUUGAAGUUGCAAAUAAAUAAUUUGACGUUGAAUGUUUAAAAUACUGUUCACUGUUCAAUGCAAAUCGUCCAUGAAUAAA